UCUCGGGGCAGUUGGAGGAGACGGGGGGACUUUCCAAAUCCACUACGAACCCUUAAAAGGCUGAAUAAGGGAACUUGAAAGGAUGCAGACAGGCAGGCAAUCCGUAGUCGAGGGAUGUAGGGCCAUAAACCUCUAAGCAAGGUCUUGAGUGUCAGGCAGAAUGAGCUGACAGAGGAGUCAGAGGAGUCCCAGACGUACGCUGGUUCCGAUCUCGACAGAAUCGCCGCGGAGCACUGCACAGGCUUAGGGCGGAAUGGCGACGGCAAGCGCAGUUGGCCAACGCUUGGUCUCCGCCCUUCAGCCUAUUUCCUCUAACCCGCAGACCCGCUACGGGAGGAGGGCGGGGAGCGGGCCGGAGAGCGCUAACAGUGACAGGCGGGGCGAGUCGUGGGCGCGUGACGUCACCCCGGGGUGUGCGCAGCGCGAGCGGAAGCGGAAGCGGCUCUGUUCGCCGCCUCUCCCACCGGCCCGAUGAGCUGCAGCGGCUCCGGCGCGGACCCCGAGGCGGCGCCAGCCUCUGCCGCCUCGGCCCCGGGCCCGGCGCCCCCGGUCUCGGCUCCCGCCGCGCUGCCAGCUAGCACCGCCGCGGAGAACAAGGCCAGCCCCGCGGGGACAACAGGGGGGCCUGGGGCUGGAGCAGCUGCUGGGGGCACGGGACCCUUGGCGGCGCGGGCCGGGGAACCAGCUGAGCGGCGCGGGGCAGCUCCGGUGUCGUCGGGUGGCGCGGCGCCCCCGGAGGGGGCCAUGUCUAACGGGGUUUACGUACUGCCGAGCGCGGCCAACGGAGACGUGAAGCCCGUGGUAUCCAGCACGCCUCUGGUGGACUUCUUGAUGCAGCUGGAGGAUUACACGCCUACGAUCCCAGAUGCAGUGACUGGUUACUACCUGAACCGUGCUGGUUUUGAGGCCUCAGACCCACGCAUAAUUCGGCUCAUCUCCCUAGCUGCCCAGAAAUUCAUCUCAGAUAUUGCCAAUGAUGCCCUACAGCACUGCAAAAUGAAGGGCACAGCCUCCGGCAGCUCCCGGAGCAAAAGCAAGGACCGCAAGUACACUCUAACCAUGGAGGACUUGACCCCUGCCCUCAGCGAGUAUGGCAUCAAUGUGAAGAAGCCGCACUACUUCACCUGAGCCACCCAACCUAAAUGUACUUGUCUGUCCCCAUGUCCCCACACCAGCCUGUUUUCAUAAUAAACUUUAUUGUGACAGGCGGGGCUGAUCCCUCCCA